AUGGCCUCCUCCGCACCAUCAUCUUCCUCGCUCCUCGGUGCCCACCACACCCAGCAUGAUCACACACACGACGAGGGCACUGCGACCAUCUUAUAUGCUACGGAGACAGGAACAGCGCAGGAUGUCGCAGACAGGCUCGCGCGACUGUGCAGAGGGUUGCGCAUUCGCGCGCGAGUGCACAGUAUGGAAUCUUACCCUCCCGCCGAGUUGAUCAACGAGCACCUCGUCAUUUUCGUUGUGUCUACCACGGGAUCCGGACACGAGCCACGCGCAAUGACGCCGCUCUGGAACAUGCUCCUCCGCGCAGAUCUCCCCGAAGACCUCUUCGAAGACAUUGCAUUCGCCACGUUUGGCCUAGGCGAUAGUGCGUAUGAGAAGUUUUGCUGGCCAGCAAAGCUUCUCAGCCGAAGGCUUGUCAAACUCGGUGCAAGCGAGAUCUGCGCGCGUGGGGAGGGGGACGACCAGCACCACCUCGGAAUUGACGGCGCACUUGGGUCAUGGAUGAAGCAGCUCUCGGAUGUAUUGACACAAAUAUUCCCUCUCCCGGAUGGCGUCGUGGCGGAGUCCCCCGACAGCCUGCCUCCCCCACGCAUAUCAAUAUCCGACGCGCCUGCGGGAGCGCAGCUUACGCGUAAGGACCCACUAGUAGUUGACCGGGAAUACCACCUUGCUACGGUGACCUGCAAUAAGCGGCUCACGGCGGAAGAUUGGUACCAGGACGUCCGACACUUUGAGUUCGCAUUCGACGACGACAUACAGUAUAAUCCCGGCGAUGUGGCAGUCAUACAUCCAGAAACUAUUGCAGAAGACGUGGAAUCAUUUCUCUCAUGUAUAAGCUAUGCGAAUUCGGCAGACGACCCCAUAAAUAUUGGACACACAUUGCAGGACCAAUCUUUGCCAGACCAUCUGCCAACUACCACUACAAUGCGCGAGAUAUUUACUCGUUAUGUGGACAUCAACGCCGUCCCGCGACGAUCCUUUUUCGUGCUCUUGAAACACUUUGCGCAAGACGAGCUCGAGCGCGAGAAGCUGGAAGAGUUUCUCAGUGAAGAGGGGGCUGACGAGAUGUACGAGUACUGCCAGCGCCCUCGGAGGACGAUCCGCGAGGUGCUCGAGGAGUUCCGAUCGGCAAAGAUACCACGGGAGUAUGUCUUUGACCUCUUCCCACCUCUCCGUCCAAGGCAAUUCUCCAUCGCGAGUUCCGUAAAGCAAUAUUCACGGAGUAUUCACCUCUGCAUCGCCAUCGUCCAGUACCGCACGAUGCUCAAGAUCCCACGACGCGGCGUCUGCACCUCAUGGCUCGCACGUCUCAACACGGGAGACCAACUGCAGAUCGGCAUUCAGAAAGGCUUCAUCACCCUCCCCACGGACUCGAAGACCCCAGUGAUCUGCGUUGGACCGGGGACAGGCGUUGCCCCCAUGCGCGCGGUAAUCCAAGAGCGAGUACGCCAGGGUAUCUACGAGGACACGCUCUACUUCGGCUGCAGGUCAGCGUCGAAAGACCACCACUACGGCGACGAAUGGCGGGCGUACUCGAUGAAUGGAGAGUUGACCUAUCGCGUGGCCUUCUCGCGCGAUGGCCCCGAAGGUACCGCGAGAACGUACGUGCAGGCGCUCAUUCGCGAGGAUGCGAAGCGGAUAUGGGAGCUGGUCGGUGAACGCGACGCUUGGGUAUACAUCUCUGGAUCGGCGAACAAGAUGCCUGCUGCAGUACGGGAGGCGAUCCAGCAUGCGCUAGUGAGUGAAGGCCGGAUGUCAGAGGAGGAUGCGAAGGAGUAUGUGGUGCGGAUGGAGAAGGAGGGUCGGCUUAUCGAGGAGUGUUGGAGUUAGCGCAGUUGUCGCAGUAUUCCAGGAAUCUGCGGGCAUACAAAUGAUCGCAUGCGCUCUCAUGUCGGAUGUGCUGCGAAUUUUCUCCACUGCGGCGUCCUAGCGCUUAGGGUGCAG